AUGCCUUACACCGGUCACUGCAACUGCGAAAGUAUUCGCAUCACUCUUCCGCAGCAACCGCCCAGCUCAGUUGUUUGCCACUGUGCUGUGUGGACGGCCACCCCGAUGACUCCCGGAAAGGUCUUCUUGAAGGCAACCCUGUUCGACAGCAUUUCUCCAUCGGGUAGCGAGGUGUUUGGCGAGAAAAGGCUGCCAUGGGUGAACAUUGAGCAGCAGAGCCACGACAGCGAUGCCAGACGCCCUGUCGCACCGUCUCCGACCAUGACCGACCCGCCUGGUCAACCCUCCGAACCUGGACGGCCCUCCACAGCCGUCGUGAGGGAAUCCCGCCCGACCCCCGCCCGCGACAACAACCCAGACGAGCGCGAGGCCCUCGAGCUGCAUGAGAUACAAACUCGCGAGGAUAACGAGCUGGACCUCUCGACACCGUCGGCCUCGUCGGGGGAGGAGUAUCGCAUCACGACCCGUCGGACUACGUCGCGCGCCGGUCACCGGCGCGCGCGCGAAGAUCGCAAGGGUCCCUGGAAUCGGAUCUGUCGGUUUUGGACGCACCAGGUCUCGUUGAUUGUGCCCCAUAAAAACAAUCGGGAUCAUCUUGGUGAGAAUAUUUCUACUGCUGUUAUGCCUGGCCUCAUUGUGCCCUUCCUGCCCCGGUCGCUUUUGGCAGUUAUUCUGGGUUCGGGUUUGCAGAAAGCAGUUGAUCCCUUGGAACGAACUUUCCUCGCCUAUAUCCGAACCUCCGUCGUCAUUGCCAUGCAGGGGGUCCUGAUCGCGCAACUAUUCCGACUCCAGCGAUCAGAGUCGGAGGCAGACCGGCUGAGAUUCCACGAUGUCGGCAUCCCGCUCUCCGUGGCUUGCCACUGUGUUGCUGUGCUGAUUGCUUUCAUUGGGUCCUAUCGAUUCUGGAAGCAGCAGGGCGCUAUCUCGGUAGGGAAAGUCUAUGCGGGAGGAUGGGAUAUCAACUCCGUGGGAAUACUAUUGUUUGCAGUUAUUCUCACGACGUUGAUUCUUUCCAUUGCCAUUAUGGUCGAGAUUGACCUCAACCCGUCAAAAGUGCUCAGGCGAAUAUUGCGUCGGUGA